AUCUCGGAUUCGAACCCCCUGAUCUGUCCGGCCCUAGUUAUCCCGCCCCGGGGACUCUUCCACCCUCCCUCUCAGGAUCUAAAAUAGAAGCCCAUGGAUUUGAGAGGUACCCCGUAAAUUCAGCCCUGGGUGUGGCCUCCAGGACUACGAUCCUGGAUCCGUGCUCUCAAUUCUAACGGGGACUCCGGUAUCCCGGGCCCCGGGGCUCACACUCAAUAUCUUAGACCCGAACCCAUAGACACAGCGAUGAGACUAAUCCCGCUGCUGGUUGUACCUAAACCCUCAAGCCCACAUUCUGGAUUUACUAAACUCUGCUCCAGGAGCCUCCAGGCGGAGAAUUUCUGAUCCACGCUCCCGACCCACCCCAAACCCCUAAAUCAGUCUUAGGGCUCUGGAUCUCAGAUUCGAGAGUCAGCUUGGGGCCCCCAUCUCGAGAACCCCACUUGACCUGGCCGCUGUCUGGUGCUUAAUGAUGCCUAUGCGUAGACUCAGCCCAGAGUCCUUCAAGCCAGACGCGGACCCUUCCCCCAGAAGCCCAGACCCCAUCCCGAAUGGACCCUCAAGCCGCAGCCGGAGGACAGGUCUCCGCCUAGCGGCUUCAUAUCACUCCCCCAAGUCCAGCAGUCAGAAAUGCGUAUUUCUUUGGGGGAAGGGGCGGGCUCAGGGACGAGACAGCCACCUGACCCCUUUUUCCCUCCUCAGGAAUCUUGAGUCACAGCCAUGUUCCUGGUUAACUCGUUCCUGAAGGGUGGAGGAGGCGGCGGGGGGGGCGGGGGCCUAGGGAAUGUGCUCGGAGGCCUGAUCAGCGGCGGCGGCGGCGGAGGAGGAGGCGGCGGCGGCGGCGGCGGUGGCGGUGGCGGAACUGCCAUGCGCAUCCUGGGCGGGGUCAUUAGCGCCAUUAGUGAGGCGGCUGCGCAGUACAACCCAGAGCCCCCGCCCCCUCGCACCCAUUACUCCAACAUCGAGGCCAAUGAGAGUGAGGAGGUCCGGCAGUUCCGGAGGCUCUUUGCCCAGCUGGCUGGAGAGGACAUGGAGGUCAGUGCCACAGAACUCAUGAACAUUCUCAACAAAGUCGUGACCCGACAUCCUGAUCUGAAGACUGAUGGUUUUGGCAUUGACACAUGUCGCAGCAUGGUGGCUGUUAUGGAUAGUGACACGACCGGCAAGCUGGGCUUCGAGGAAUUCAAGUACUUGUGGAACAACAUCAAGAAGUGGCAGACCAUAUACAAACAGUUUGACAUUGACUGUUCAGGGACCAUUGGCAGCAGUGAACUCCCGGGGGCCUUUGAGGCAGCAGGAUUCCACCUGAAUGAGCAUCUCUACAACAUGAUCAUCCGACGCUACUCAGAUGAGGAAGGGAACAUGGAUUUUGACAACUUCAUCAGCUGCCUGGUCAGACUGGAUGCCAUGUUCCGUGCCUUUAAAUCUCUUGACAAAGAUGGCACUGGACAAAUCCAGGUGAACAUCCAGGAGUGGCUACAGCUGACCAUGUAUUCCUGAACGGGAGUCCCAGACCUGCCCCCUCAUCGCCUCGCUGUAGGAGUCACCUUGGACUCUUCAGUCUCCCCCAGGGUUGAUCCUGUUUGCAGUCACAUCUUCAUGGCUCCUGCUGACCCACAGGCCUUUCUGUUCUCCCAGCCCUUGGCACCCGGAUUCUCAGUCAACAGCCAGGGCCCAACAUGCUUCAACACACCCCGCCCCAGCACACCCAUCUCACAUCUACUCCAUAUCUACUUGCUUCUGUGCCAAGCCCAAUGUUUGUGUUGCUUGCACACCCCAAGGGCCCUUCUCUCAGUUCUGGGAGGAUCACUCCAGUCCCUACACACCCUGGCACACCCAUUCAGUUACCACCCAGGCAGCUGAACUCCAGGCCACAACAGGCCACAUGCCCCAGUGCCUUUGUCUGUAUUCUGCUCCCAGCCUGCCAGGUCCAGGAGGAAAUAAAUGCACCCUAGUUGCUGCUCUCUCUGA